UUGUCAAGGAUGGUGCUUGUGUGUCUUUGUCUUGGGGAGAUAUGAGGAGUAGGGCGGGGCGACGUGUUUGCAGUAGGUCUGCAUGGAGGGCAGAUCGACGUUCACGGGGCGAUUCAGGUACGUCAUCGGCUUGACUCGUGCUUCUUCCUCACUUUCUUCUCCCUUGCAGUCGUCCUCUUCGUCUUCGUCGCUUUGGUCUUCGACGUGUGGAUAGUUCCCAUGUGCCACAUUGGUGACGAGGUUCUGAAACGUAGCCAUCUCACACUCUACCCUCUUGACUAGCGCUUGGUACUCGGCCAACGGUGCAGUCGCUGUACCUGCCGCCAAGUCGAAGGCACGCGAAAGACUCGCAGUUAGUCCCUCGCCAAGCUGUACCAUCUGCAGGGCAGCAGCACGGCUCACCGACGUCCGAGGCUCGACGAAGCAUCGCAUCCAGGCCAACUUGGCUUGUACCAGCAGUUGACGAAGCUGAAGUUGCAGCGUAGUGAGUCGCGUCUUGAGCUCCAGUCGCGUCUCGAUCGAGAAAUACUGGGACGCAUCGGCGUUAGCGCCUGACGAGACGAGCGCCGGCUGGCGUGUGGACGAGCCGCGCGUGAGCGUCGCCGUGAUUGGGCCGCUAGGUUGACGUCGGAGCUGCGUCGCCGGGUCCAUGGUGUGCGGUCGUGUGACUGCGGUGCCGCAGCGAGUACAAAGUGGCACGCAGCGGUGACUGCAGUGGCUCCGAUAGGACUUGAAGUUGUCUAGCUCACUUGAUGGCCAAUGGAUCGGCCACUGGCCCAGUGAGCCAAGCCUAAACAUAGCGAGCGAUGCGACGGCGUCUGCGAUGAUCCGUCAACCACGACGCGUGAAGAACGAACCGACGAAAUGCGUUCCGCUUCGAGUCGGGGCUGCCGUGCCAACAAGUUUCUGCCCACUGGCCGUGAUGUCACUUGUCGAAGGCACGACGCAAUAGAUUGCUUAUCUAGCGGAGCCUCCAUGUCUCUCCGAGUGUCGAGGAUGGAACUGCAAGCAAGCAGGUCAGGCCCGCGCCGUCGCGGACGCGAGGAAAGCUCUUUCUUCCCAUUGCAACAGCGCGGCCGGACGACAUCAGAGACAUCAGCGCACCGACCACGCGCCACUAAUUUUUGCCGGCGGGUUCAAGUGGGCGGAACCCCAUCGAAAGGCACUGCUGCGUGUUCCGCGAACGCCGCAGUGAGGACACCGCCGCCCUUGACCGCUGCGCCAGCCAUUGUCGGAUCGCACGGCACUCAAGUCCGGGAUCUGUUCUUCCCCCUGAUCUGGCUGGCAGAAGGUCCACCCUGGGGAUGACCCUGCAGUGCAUAAGAGACCGAUGCAGCGUGGACUCAUUGCGGGCGGAACACCGGGGCAUCUUUGAAGCUUUGGGGAGGGCGCGGACGCCAUUUGGCGUCGUAUCGCGGCGUUAGGGCGAUGAGAACCGCCAUUUGCCAGUAACGGGCACUCUAACGCUCGACGUUCGCCAUGUGCGACUUUAAAUCACUCGUCUGCAAUUUUCCUAAGGUCGAAACGACACGUACGAUCAUUGGUUGAAUAUUCGUUGUCACCCGUGCA